AUGUCGCUGAUGAACAAUGAGAUCAAGAGUAUAACGGAACAUUCUCAAUUUCCCAAUCCGGAUCGUCUUGUAACCUUGUUCCUUCAAAAUAACAAGCUGGUAGAUAUCGUUGGUAAAUUCUUUCUGGUAUUGUCAACUCUGGUGGUUUUGGAUCUAUCUCACAACCCUGGUAUCAUUGAGUUGCCUGACGAUAUCUCAAAGUUGGUGUCUUUGCGGUACCUCAACUUGUUCGGGACGAGGAUAAAGAAUUUGCAAGCUUCUUUAGAUCUCUCCUUGUUGAAGCAUUUGGAGCGUUUGGAGGAUUUAGAACUUUUGACCAUUAGUGUGAGAAAAGAGGAUGUUUUGGAAGCUUUCUUUGGAAGCAAAUUGUCAGGGAAGACACAGGGUCUAUAUCUUGAAGGACUUAACGUGUCAGGACAAUCAUUUGCAGCCACCUAUGGCGUAUUAGCUAGUCUUUCCAAACUUGGAAUGACAGAAUGUAAUAUUAUAGAGUCAGAGAGGGAAUGGGACGACAGUAGAAGGAACCAGUAUUCUCCAUCUGCAUCACCCAAUCAAAUGUCUCCAAGGAUUACAUUGUUCAAGAACCUCUCAGUUGUGGAACUACUCUCAUGCGAACAUCUAAUGGAUGUGACAUGGCUGAUAUAUGCUGAAAAUCUCGAGUCCCUAAGCAUCAAAUUGUCACCUAAGAUGGAAGAAGUAAUAAGCGGUCAGAAAGCUGCAGGUGUUGGGGUUGAGCCUUUUCUAAAGCUACAAGUUCUUGAUUUAGGUUAUUUGAAUGCACUUGAGAGUAUCUAUUGGAGUCCACUCUCUUUUCCGAGGCUACAGAAAGUCCGCAUAACAAACUGCCAGGAGCUGCGUAAGCUUCCACUAAAUUCCACGAGUGUAGAUAAAAUUGAUGAUCUUAUCAUUGAAAUGGAUCAAGGAUGGUUAGAUAGAAUUGAAUGGGAGAGUGGAGCUGAAGAUCGAUUUCGUCAUCUCAUCCGCACAGCUUCUGUUUCUCAGCCUGGUCCGGUGUAG